CUGGCUAUAAGAGCCGGCGCCGCCGAGCAGAGGCAUCCAGAGGUGCACCAGCUCCAUCCGCAGCAACAGCAACAGCAGUUCCAACACCAGCAGCAUGCACCAGAAGGCGUGGUCUAGAGCAGCAGUGCUGGCCUGGGUGGCGGUGGCGGCGUGCGUCGCGGCGCCCGGCAUCGAAGAAGAGCACGACGACGGCGGCGGCUACGGCGGCUACGACCACGGCGGCUACGACCACGGCGGCGGCCACGUCAAGAUAGUGAAGGUGACGGUGCCGCACCCGGUGCCGGUCGAGGUGCCGCACCCGGUGCCCGUGGCGGUGCCGCAGUCGUACCCGCUGCACAUCAAGGUGCCACAGUUCAUCGAGGUGCCCGACGUGCACAACGAGCAGGUGACGGUGGAGAAGCCGGUGCCGGUGCCGGUCGAGAAGAUCGUGCCGUUCCCCGUGGAGCGGCCGGUGCCCGUGCACAUCGAGAAGCAGGUGCCCGUGCCCGUGCCCAAGCCCUACCCCGUCAAGGUGCCCAUCGUCAAGACCAUACACCACUACGUCAAGCACAAGUGGUAGGCCCCAGCCCCCCCCCCCCUCCCUGCACUCAUCAUCCUGCUUUGACCAGUUCCUCAUUGUUUUCUCUCAUCUUUGUUAACUAGUUCUAGUUUUUUUAUACUGCAUCACCACAAUUUUGUAAUAAAAUGAUUUUCAUAGAAA